AUGCUCUGGGGAGGCCGUUUCACCCAGGGCCUUGACCCCCUGAUGGUCCAGUACAACAUGUCUCUGCCCUAUGACCGUGUGUUCUGGAAGCAGGACAUUGCCGGCUCUAUCGCCUUCGCUCGCGCCAACACAAACUCGGGCAUCCUCACCACACAAGAGUUCGCCGAGAUCGAGCGCGGCUUCAAGCAGAUCGCCCAGGAAUGGGAGACCAACACCUUCGUCGCCAAGGAGAACGACGAGGACAUUCACACUGCCAACGAGCGCCGUCUCGGUGAGAUCAUUGGCAAGGAAAUCGGCGGAAAGCUGCACACCGGCCGGUCGCGCAACGAGCAGAUCGCUACGGACAUGCGUCUGUGGCUCCGUGAUGAGCUCCGUCUUAUUGACAACCACCUUUGCGACCUGAUCAAGGUCUCCAUUGCCCGUGCCGAAAACGAUAUCGACUACCUCAUGCCCGGCUACACCCACUUGCAGAAGGCCCAGCCCGUCCGCUGGUCCCACUGGAUCCUCUCCCACGCCACUGCUUUCGCCAGCGAACUGCAGCGUCUGCGUGAAGUCAUUGCUCGCGUGAACAAGAGCCCCCUCGGUACCGGUGCCCUGGCUGGUAACUGCUUCAACAUCGAUCGUGAGGCCAUGGCCAAGGAGCUCGGUUUCGAUGGUUUGCUCUACAACUCCAUGAACGCUGUUGCAGACCGUGACUUUGCCAUGGAGACUAUGCAAUGGGGUAGCUCGUUCAUGCUCAAGAUCUCUCGCUGGGCCGAGGAUCUGAUCAUCUACAGCAGUCUGGAGUUCGGUUUCGUCCGUCUGUCGGACGCCUACUCCACCGGAUCGUCCCUCAUGCCCCAGAAGAAGAACGCGGACAGCCUGGAGCUGCUCCGUGGCAAGGCUGGUCGUGCCUUCGGUCAAAUGGCCGGUCUGAUGUGCACAAUCAAGGGUCUUCCCACCACCUACAACAAGGACUUGCAGGAGAGUGUUGAGCCCAUGCUCGAUCAUAUCAAGACUGUCAGUGACAGCAUCCAGAUUGGAACUGGUGUGCUCUCCACUCUCACCGUCAUCCCUGAGAAGAUGAUCGCCGCUCUGGCCCCUGAGAUGCUGGCCACCGAGAUCGCCGACUACCUCGUCCGCAAGGGCGUUCCUUUCCGUGAGGGACACCACAUCUCUGGUCGUGUUGUCGCUGCUGCCGAGAACACCAACGUCCCCAUGGACACCCUUUCUCUGGAGCAACUCCAGCAGAUCGACUCUCGCUUCGACGCCGACGUCCAGGCUUGCCUCGACUACGAGCGCGCUGUCGAGCUCAAGGACGCCAUUGGUGGAACCAGCAAGCGCGCAGUCUUGGAGCAGACUGCCGUGCUGAAGAAGCUGCUGUAA